CUCGUCACUCGUCAUUGCCCCCACUCUCUCCCUCUUAUCUCGGCGAUUCAAUUUCACGCGCCACCGCCAUGACCGAGCUCCCGCCCUAUCCUCCGAUCGAGCCGUCUAACUUCGACCUCAUAAUCGUCGGCACCGGCCUUCCGGAGUCGAUACUCGCGGCCGCUGCCUCCGCCAUCGGCAAAUCCGUCCUCCACCUCGACCCCAACCCCUUCUAUGGCUCUCACUUUGCUUCUCUCCCUCCAGAUGACCUCUCCAGUUUCCUCGACCCCCAUCCUUCCUCUCCGGACCAUGCCGCCCCAUCCGAAGGCGACGGUCUCGCCUCCGCGAUCAUCAACCUCCGAUCGCUCUACUCCGACGUGGAGAUUUCCUCCUUUGCACCCGAAACGCUCGAGCAACACUCGAGGAAGUUCAAUUUGGACCUGGCGGGACCUCGGGUGUUGUUCUGCGCGGACAAGGCCAUCGAUGCUAUAUUGAGAUCGGGUGCUAAUCAGUAUGUGGAGUUCAAGUCGAUCGAUGCAAGCCUGUUUUACGAUAAGGAUGGUAAUCUGGUAAAUGUGCCCGAUUCUCGUGCUGCCAUCUUUAAAGAUAAGAGCUUGAGCUUGGUGGAGAAGAAUGUGUUGAUGAGGUUCUUCAAGCUUGUUCAGCAGCAUUUUAGUGGAGAUGGUGAGAGUGAUAGGAUUUCAGAGGAAGACUUGGCUAGUCCCUUCUUCGAAUUUUUGGCGAAAAUGCGAUUGCCAGAGAAGAUUAAAUCGGUUAUUCUUUAUGCGAUAUCUAUGGCCGACUAUGAUCAGGGAGAUAAGGAGGCAUGUAAAGUUGUGAUCAGUACAAAAGACGGAAUCGAGCGAUUAGCGCUCUAUCACUCAUCAGUGGGCAGAUUUCCAAAUGCUGUUGGGGCUUUGAUUUACCCAAUCUAUGGUCUAGGGGAGCUUGCACAGGCGUUUUGCCGACGUGCUGCUGUCAAAGGUUGCAUCUAUGUUUUGAGAAUGCCGGUGAUUGCCUUGCAUAUGGAUAAGGAGUGUGGACAGUACAGAGGUGUUAGAUUAGGUUCUGGUCAGGACAUUUUCAGUCAUAAGCUGGUAUUGGAACCAUCAUUUACAGUUCAGUCGUCGAUAGGCUCACAACCACAGAAUUCUCUUAUGGAAAAUGUACAAGUUAAAGCAAAGGUGGCUAGGGGAAUAUGCAUUCUGACGUCUUCUCUGAGACCAGAUGUAUCGAACUUUUUGAUUGUGUAUCCUCCAAGAUCUUUGUACCCGGAGCAAGUCACAUCAGUUCGAGUUCUGCAGAUUGGUGGUAAUUUAGCCGUUUGUCCCUCUGGCAUGUUCGUGCUCUACCUUUCAGCUUUGUGUGAUGAGGCCAGUUGGGGGAAGAAAAUACUGCAUAGAGCCAUAAAUGCUCUAAUCAAUCAUGAUGAUUCCAAGAUUUCUGAAGGCACUCCUCCUUCUACAGUACAAACAGAGGAUGCUAGAGCCGAUCCUCUUCUUCUUUGGAGGGCAUUGUAUAUCCAAGAACUGACAGCGGGGCAAGUUGAAUCUGUCAGCUCCACUCCUAUGCCCGAUGGAAGUUUAGGUUUCAAUGAUGCUCUAGACGCGACUGUUAAGCUAUUUCAGACGAUUUAUCCUCACGAAGAAUUCUUUCCGGAGACACCAGCUGAGGAUCCUGAGGAUGAUGGGGCACUUAGCGUUGAGACGUGAGUGAAAUUUGUCAGAAGUCAUAUUGUCUUUUAUAUGAGCUGGGAAUCAACGAGUUCUGUGCUAUGCCUGGGUACAUGAGGACCUGAACCUCAGGUGUGAAAAAUGGUUUGUGUCCUAAGAUGAGGCUGCAGUGAGUCCAAGAUAAUGCAUGGAGUUGAUCCCCCUAAGAUUUUCUCCCUAGGUAGGAACAUGCUGUGGAUGACCUUUUCUUUUUCUACUUCUGAAGAUACUGUUACACCACCUUUUCUUAGUCAGAAGUUCUUGUAACAUCUAGUUGGUUGCUGUAGUUUGUCGUCGUGCUGUGGCUUUACGGACAUGCUGAGUUCUGCCAAAGCGAGACCACUUGGUUACUUACUUAGACCACUUUGUAGACUACCGAAGAUUUUUCCG